UGGAGCCUAAAGCAGGAACAUUAGACACACCCACCCUCACUUCUGCAACCUAUUCUAUGACCAUCAUCAUUUCCAUAAUCUCAAGCAUCGCAGCUUCUGUUCUUUUGAUAAUUAUAAUCUUUACUUGUCACCGUCGUCAAAAGGAAUGGCAGAACAGGAAAAGCUACAGAGGAACUGAAACACCUACCCUGGCAGCUCUUCCAUCAGAGCUGCUACUGGACAGACUUCAUCCUAACCCAAUGUACCAGCGUCUUCCUCUCCUUCUCAACCCUAAACUGCUGAGCCUUGAGUAUCCAAGAAAUAAUAUCGAGUACGUGAGGGAUAUUGGAGAGGGAGCUUUCGGAAGAGUGUUCCAGGCCAGAGCCUAUUCUCAACAGAAAGCAUGGUUUUCCUCUAGCACUCUGGACCAGGCAGGCACUGUGGAUUUCAAGCCUAAAAGAAGGUGGAGAAAAUAAACCUACCCUAUCAUGAGCCACAGUACAGUCAGCUUCAUAAAAUAUAGGAGUCAGCAGUGAAGGUUGCUUGUGGUAAGCAGCAAUGCCAAUUCUGUUUAGUUGCCUUAUACUGCAUGCUGGCAGCAAUGGAAGUCCAAAGAUUUCUUUAGAUACAGCUUUAAGGAUCCUGCUCAUGCAGUCAGUUAGCACCAGGAAGAGAUGAACAUUCAAGAACCCUACAGAAGAAACCCCACGGCAAGAUUUAACAAGGAAAACCAAGAAAGUAACUUGGAUCAUUAUAAGAGCACAGACUGCAGAAACCAAUCAGAAAAAGUUAAACUAGGUCUUAUUAUUGAAGCUGCAGGCAAUAGAUCUCAUUCAGCAAACCCAUUAAGGAAAUGGGAACAAUUAAUUUACAAAUAGCAGGACUUAGCUAAGGAGCUAUGAAAAAUGUGAGAUUCCUUUAUUUCACUCUUGAAAGGUGGAAAUCCUCCAUUUUAGCUGAAGAAGUUGGCCUUGCAGUUUAGCUGAGAAAACAGAACAAUAAGACCCACUGAUACCCACUGCAUUCAUCGUCAGAUCAUGAGAGUGUGUGGACACAGGCCUAUUCUUUUUUGAUGGAAGUCUAACCUUAUUGGUUUAGGCUGUUUUUCAUUGUGACUGGAGGGGCGUACAGAUGUGGUUGUCAAGGUCUUACAGGAGGGGUUUGCAACACAUGAUAUCCCUGAUGUGGUCAUAUCAGGCAAUAGACCGAGGCUUGUUAAUGUGUACUUCAACUAGCUUGCAGCCAAUUCUGGAUUUGAACAAGAUACUGACAAUUGAAUGGGGACACCAAGUAUGGGUCGGACACUUAAAAAAUGCUGACUUUUGUACUGCAUUGCUAAAUUACCAAUCCACCUCCCUCCAAUGAGGUCUGUCAAAAUCAGAAUUUUGGAUAGGCAGGAGGCUGAAGAUUUAGCUUCCUACCCUAUCAAGGUCGUGACUCCACAUUUGCACCCACAGGAUCAACAUGUAUGUUCGAAGGAACGGCACAACAGGUCAUGCACUAGAAUAAACUUGAUGUGGGGUAUGGUUGAUGCAAUUGGACAAGGACAACAGGUCUGGAUACAGAAUGUUAACAAGAAAGGUAUGGUCAUUCAAGGAGCUGCAGACUACCAACAAUCCUAUAUUGCUUGUCCAGCUAAAGGAACUGCAGGAACCUUAUCUCAUUGCAGAUUAAUCACCCGCUGUUGCUUUAUUGGGAUGAACCCAAUGAGGAAUUUCAUAACCAAAGGGACUUUCAGACCUCACGCACUCACAAACAGAAUCAAAGCCAAGAGGCUUCAACCCAGCAGUCUUCCAAGUCCAAAGAGAACACAUGCCAGUAGAAUUGUGUAAAUUCCAGACUGCCUUAAUUUGUGAACUCAAGGACUUGUGUCAUUUGGGGAGAUGGUGCAGUUGUAAGUGUGAUGAUAUGCACAAAUGCACAUUAAUAAUAGAAAAAUCCAUAGGGGAGAUGUUAUAUGAAAGUAUAAGGAUCUGAAAUGGUUAAUCCUGACGAUUGCCUUAAACAACACCUGCUCAGUUAAUAUCAUAUUGACCUGGUGGAAGAGCAAC